AGCGCCAUGCGUCGCAAAGACCAAAAUCACUCAUGUACUGUCUGAUUAUUAGGAUUCAACUUCGUCAUUACACAUGUAUAAAUACAGGGUAACAAAGUACAGUAUAAAUACAGAAUAACUGGUGGACAGUCGAGUUCCUGCUGUAUUGAGCUUGUUCACGUCUUCAUUAGUCCAAAGCUGAAGUCGCCCCAGAGAACAAGGGCACAGUCUAGGUGCUCGGAGAGUAACAAACAUGGAAGAAUGAGGGGUCAUCAGUAUCUGGGUCAUAUAUACUGCUAUUCAAUUAGAAAUCUACUCUCCUAAUCUGUAACUGAGUACUGUGAAAUUCACAUUUAUUCUAUAUUUUGUUAAACACUCGACUACAUGUUAAGAAAGCAGAAAUGAAAACAUUGUUUAUCACGCCACAAUUAUUAACAGUAGUUCAAAGGUUUAUUACAUAAACGUGAGCUCAACUUAUCCUUGUUUUAUAUCUCAUGUAUAUAUAUGGUUUCAAGCUCAUGUACAGUGGUGUGAUUCAAAUAUUCAUUCUUCAGACCACCAGCCACUAUUUCACACAGUUCUACUCAGCCUGCUUCAUGUGACAGGGAGCAGCUAUCUCAUCCACCCUGUUUACAAGGGGAGCCUUUCCAAAGACACUGGCUGAAACAAAAGCAGAGGGGAGCUAAACCAGUCUGUCCAGCUCGUAGACCCAGUAUGAGAUUGGAACACAGUCUAAUAAAUAAAAAUCUAAAAUCAGGAGCAGAGAAAUGUUAUUAUGGUUAAAGAGACCUAAAAACAGCUGAACUCUUCACUUUUGGUGAAAUGUUGAAACUUUUCUAAUCACAGAAAUAGACAGUUUUUAGGUUUUAAACUUUAAACUGGUCUGAAUCCAUCAUAAUGGGAACAAAAGGAUAAAAAAAUCCCUUGUGAACCCAACAGAGCACCUCAGUAAAGGACGUAUAAUUCUUCUCAUUGCUGCAGGCUCUGAUUCGUGUUGAUUUGUGUACAGCGAUAUUAAAAGACAAGACAUUUGAGAAAGAUGAGAUACUUCAGUUAAAGGGCUCAAAGUUCUUGUAUUAUGAAUGACACGAGUGUUGGAAAGUGACAGAGAGGCAUGCAGUGGGAGUUGCUUAACAAUCCUACAGGAGGAGCAGCCAGACUUGAUCCUGUCUCCAGCCUCGAGUCUUUCUGCAGCCAGUACAGCACAGACUCCAGCAGCAGAAAGAAGAAUGGCAGAGCACACGCUUAAUGCAGAGGGCAUGGCUCUAAAUAAACUGGGCGACAUAGAGGUAAGUAUCAAGCCUGUCUCGUCCUCUCUGCCCUCGGGGGCCACGGUGCUCGUAGCUGAAAUGCCUAAAGUUUGUCCAGUUUGAGUCGGCACAUCAUGAAGCUGUUACUGAAGGUAACGGCAGAAUUGUAUAUGGAAUUAUAGCUUGUGUGGGGAAAAACAAACUUUUUAUCCUGUCCUGGGGCAAACUGACCAAACUUCUGAAGCAAAAGUAAAGCUGUGGCUCUCUCCCCACCGGUCAUUUAGACAUGGGGCUUUUUCAUAGAACCAGGUGUAGCUUCUUUCUAGCAGGACUUUAGUCUCACCCACAUGAUGUUCUACAUUUCUGUUUCUGAGGAGCCAAAAGAAAGGUGGAUCAAAAAGGCUAAAACAGCUCAUUUUUGACCUUCGAUGAACACAAAGGCCCAACAUGAGAUAAAUAAGGAUCAUGUUGAACUGUGAUUCAAUAAUAAAAUUAAGGUAUUUGAUGUGAGCUUAAGAAGUCUCUUUUAAUCCUACCAAUAAAUUUAACAAAGGCUGGGGCUGUGUGUCGUCUUAAUGUCUGGCUUUUGUUAUUCCUGAUUUAUUUAUGUGGUGAAGCUAGCGAUGGGCAUUCUGAACCUGCUUUAAAGUAGCUGAAAGUAACUAUGUAUGCUCAGAUCCACGUCAGGCAUGUGCAGGCUAUGCUAUAACAAAGAUAACCUGUACAGUGAUGAAAACUGAGAACGUCCAGGUGAACACAACCAACCUUUUGGGAUUUACUUGGAUGUUUGAGCAUGCAGCACUAAUCCCUGACAUCACAUCAACCUCGAAGAACAAUCAGAAUGACAAAGUCACAAAAAACAAAAAGAUUAAUGAUUCAGUUCAGUGUCACUUCAUCAUUAUGCUAUUAAAGUCCAUGAUAACAGGGAGAGAAAAUAGGAACGACCCCUCUCCAGUGGCUGUUCCACUCAUCAGCUGUACAGAGAGCUGAACGAUAGCUUUGGGGCUGAGACAGGGCUGCACCCCGGUGUGACGUCUCACACCCUUGUGCUACACAGCUGGACUUAAGUAAAUGUCUCAGCUGGUUGAAACUUUCUCCCAGUAUUUCUGAGAUACAUGGCGGCGGUCACCUGGAUUUAUCAGCUCAGACACAGGACCAGUUCAAUUGUUCUCUGCACAUGCAUGUUUUCAUGUGAUAAGUUGGCAGGUAUGUAGAAAACCACACCUCUUUGCAUGUUAGCCCAUGUUAGCUCAGGUGAGUCAACAUAUGUUAUUCUGCCACUCCUACCUUUGUCCUUAAUGCCACACCCCAGGGACAGGUAACUAAACGUGUGUGGAAAAAAGCAUGGACACGUGUGCAGAGACGUCACACUGUUAAAGAGAGAAACAUUGUGAAAAGUUAUUUGACUUUGCAUUUGUGUUCCUGCUCUCGUACCUAACCUGUCCUCUCACAGGCCCAGCCUAGAAAAGCACUCCGACCUAUUGACAUGAAUCACUACGCCACUAAGAAGAGUGCGGCUCAGAGCAUGUUGGACGUGGCCUUGCUCAUGGCCAACUCGUCUCAGCUGAAGACCAUCCUUUAUGUGGGUCCGCAGUAUCGUUUCUAUGUCCCCCUCAUCGUGCUGCUGACCCUGUCCACCGCGUUACAGGUCAUAGUGGGGCUGCUGCUCGUCUUCAUUGGCAAGCGACAUCAUUGACUUUGUCUGAAUGAAAAUGGCUUAAAGAACAGCUGUGCUUCUCUCUGUGUUAUUCCAGUUUGAGUGAAAAAUACUUUCAAAGUAUUUUUAGAAUAGAAAAGAAUAGAAUAAACCUUUAUUAUCCCACGGAUGAGAAAUGUGAGUGUUACAGUUCUUAUAGCAGGGGCAAUAUAAAAUAUAAAAGGAAGACACAAACUGUUCCUAUAUACAUAACCAACUGAAGUUCGUAUAUUUAGGUAACAAUGCACAGAGCUAUGUAUUAAAUGUGCAGUAAACAAACAAGCUGGUGAGUAAGAUGAUCAAAGAAUGUUGAGCUGCAUUAUAGAGUCUGACAGCCCCUCUCCAGGCUCAGACUGAGGUUAAAGAUGGAUGUGGUAACCUCACAGAGUUGAUCUGCACAGUCCCUCAAUAGUCUGGAGCUGAUUCCAUCCCGACCCGUGGCCUUCCUGGUUUUCAUCUGCCUCAGCUGACUUUGCACCUGGUCAGCUGUGACGGAGAGGCUGCAGUGUGGGUCAAAGUAAAUGAUGAUUGCUGUUAAAGAACUGAUUGAAGUUUCUUCGUGACUUUUUAAAGAGCAGGAUAAGUUUGGGGGGGGUCUCUCUUCUGCGUAGUGAAAAAAUGACAAGAGAAUGUGAAUCUCAGAUUGAUUGUGAUUUUAAUGAAAGGAAGAAGUGACGCUGAAAAACUAGUUCAUGCAUUUAUUACUUCCAGGCUGGACUACUGUAAUUCAUUAUUAUCAGGAUGUCCUAA